AUGGCUGCAGGAGAUCAACCGGUGAAAUUCACAGUCACCCACUAUCGCAAGCAACAGCACACCCAUGAGGCCUUUAUCAAGUGGAUCGUCGAGGAGCACAUACCCCUUGCCAUGCCCGUCUUCAAGAAACACGGAGUCCUCGAGUAUUCGCUUUUCGUGACACCGCCUUCGCUAAAUACCGCCUUGAAGCAGAACAUUGAAGAGGCUCGACCAGGCUGGGAUUUUGCUGACUUUGACUGUUUCAUCGAGUAUAAGCUCCCGAAUGUGGAAGUCAUCAAGAAUCUCAUGGCGGAUCCAGACUGGGCGGCAGCGCUUGAAGACCAGGAUGACUGGGUUGACGUCCCAAGGGCCUUGGUUUCGUUGGGAUACUCUACCACAUAUCUACAGGAUGGGAAACCUGUGAACUAG